AGUUCUCGAAGAAGAUUUGCGUGCAGAUAAUCAUUCCCUUGUAGAUUUCCGAUAUUUUCUCCGUCACGGAAACUUCUGCUUCUCACUAAUCUUACAACAUCUCUAGAAACAAAACCAGUUUCCCAUCAGAAAAGCAGAUGUGGUGAAGAAAGAAGCCAUUCAAUCGCUCGUUGGUAUUAGAUGAAGUCUAAUGGAUUUAUUUGAUCCAAAAAUUUACAAGGCAUGGAAUGAAGCAAUUAUUAAAGAAAAGAAAAUUCGAGCAAAAUGGCAUGAGCAGUAUGGCACUAAAUUAGAUAAAUUCGCCGAAGAUUUGGAUGAAGAACAAGUUGAGGAUACCGAGUUACCAUGCACCUGUAAAGACAAAGAAAAAUGGGAUAAACUCUCUGAAAUACAAUUCGAUUUUCCUAGAAAAGGAGCUACUGGUACAAAUACUCUAAUCAGGAUUGCAGAUACUCCAUCGGAAAUGAAAAUACCACCACCAAUUGUGAAGAGCAAGCUAUAUGAAGGCAUAAGUCAUGACGGAAGAGGACGAGCAGAUUACUUGAAAACGCGUUGGAAAGAAGAUCCAGAAAAUAAAUUUCAUAAUCGUGAAUGCAGUUCAUGGGAAUAUGGCUGGAACUAUGGGAAAGAAAACGAGUUGAGCUGCAAGGAUCCAGACCACUGCAAUAUUAGAGAAAGAGCUUUUUACCAACCAUAA